CAAUUGACAUUCCGUAUCCGUGGACGUUUCUCCAACCGGAUUAUCGUCGUAUCACUUAUUUGCACCGCAUUUUUAAUUUGUGAGACAGUUCGUGCACAGUUAUUAACAACUUAGCGUCGCAAUACAUUAAAAAUGUCUCGUCUUAGGUUUUGUUUGUUGUUAGCAGUGUUUUGCAGUUGUACGCAGUACGGUCUUGGAGGUGUAACGAAUCCGCCGUCAGUCACAAUUGAUGUACCAAAGGCUACACAAGCGCCAGUCUUAGAGGAUAAGACCGACACGCCAGCGCCACCUGCGCCACCAGCACCCCCAGCGCCACCAGCGCCGCCAGCGCCUACUCCUGACACAACGCCGGCACCAACACCUGCGCCAACACCCGCGCCAACGCCUGCGCCAACCCCAGCCCCAACGCCAGCGCCAACGCCUGCGCCUACUCCAGCGCCCACGCCGGCCCCCACGCCAGCGCCAACGCCAGCACCAACACCAGCGCCAACGCCAGCACCGACGCCAGCACCGACGCCUGCUCCAGCGCCCAAGCCCGUGCCUCCACCAGAGCAGGGCACUUGGUCCUUCUCCAGCAAGAACAUCACCUGCAUUGUGAUACAGUUCGCUGCACAGCUCAACGUCACCUACACCAAGGCUGUUGAAGAUGCCACAACCCUCGAGCACAUGCUUCUGAACGUGCCCACAACAGCGGCAGUCGUGAACGGCAGCUGCAACGGCGACGACCAGUGGCUGACCCUCAGUUGGAGGAGCACCGUCAACUCCACCCUCCCCAACAACCUGACCCUCGUGUACCACAGGAACGACACCACCAAGAACUACGGCCUCAAGAGUCUGAAUGUCUCCCUCACGAGUGAUAACUUUGUUAACAGCACAUCAAACGACACCAUCGAGCUGUCCCACGGCGCGGAGUGGCAGACGCCGCUAGCGACGUCGUACCGGUGCGCGGCCGCCACGCAGCUCAACAUGACCUCCGAGUCCACCGCCGCCGUGCUGACGCUGUCGCGCCUGCAGGAGGAGGCCUACCGCACCACGCACGGCAACGGGUUCAGUGCUGCCCGCGAGUGCGGCGGCGGCGACGUCCCGGACGCGGUCCCCAUCGCGGUGGGCUGCGCGCUGGGCGGGCUCGUGGUGGUGGUGCUGGUGGCCUACCUGGUGGGGCGCAGGCGCUCCGCCGCGCGCGGGUACCUCUCCAUGUAAGCACGCACUGUGACAGCCGCUAGGAGUAUCGGCAAAAGUAGUCAAUAUAUAAAAAAAAGUAUAAAAACCGGUUAUACAUUGUUUGCGUCGCAUUUACCCACACCGUCACACACGUGGCUCAUCACACUUCUGCCUACGCCUGUACUUUAUACUAUACUUAUAUCGCAUAUACUAAAGUAUAAAUAAAAAAACACAUAUUUUUUGCGCGUUCAAAAAGCUGGCCUUAGAUUUGCAUAACUGAAGAAUAUUGUUAAAUUCACAUCGACCGGUCAGUGUAGAUAAAUACGUAUACCAAUUGAUGUAAGGUUAGGUUGUCGGUAAUCUGCUUGUUCUCACUAUUCACGGUCAAUCUUCUAUAAUGUAGAUAGUUGUAAAUUAAUAACUAAAUCCAUGAAUGUAAAAUAUGAAGAAUAUUUUUUGCGGGCAGAUGAUGUAUAGUUCGUAUUUGCUCAAAAUUUAAUAAAAUACUGAUUAUUCCAUGAACACGAAAUAAAAUUAUUAAUAAAAUUAUUUCAUUCAACAAGAAUAUCUCAACAAUUCCUUUUAUUUAUUUUAUUGAAUUCACUCGUAUAUGACUGUAAUUUGACAAAUUUGUGUUUUGUAAUCGUUUUAAUUUCUUCCAAAAAUAAUGUUCGCCAUUUUGUUUCGGCCAUAAUAGAAUUAAAAUCAAAAUGGAUACAGUAACAUUGUAAAAAUGUGAUGUUGUAGUUUUAAAAUGUGAAAAAAAAAACGGUAGAAUAGUACUUUUUGUUUGUCUUUUCGCAAUAUAUUAAUUACGUGUCUUGAUUUUUUUUAAUUAUAUAUUUUUAUGUGCUUUGUUUCGUCCAAAGAUGUUAUUAUCAUAUCAGUUAUAUCAUGUAUAACACUUGUAUAUGUAUAUGGAGUCAAUUUAUUGUCGAAAUGUCCAUAAUGUCAGUAAUACAAUGCCGUUUAGGUAUAGUUAGUAUAAAAUGAAUGCAGUGUCUUUCUUUUAUUAGAAUUUAGUAUUCAGACUAUUUUAAGUGUAACAGUUAUAAUCUGGACAAUAUCAUUGCUGUAUCUAUGUAAAUCUGUGGUCAUCAGUGUUGCCAGCCGAAGAAAACUAAACUAUAUUAAAGUACAAGAAUUAAAAUUGCUAAAAACAUUUAAAACAUAAAGCCAUGUCAACACUGCUGAUCACAGUUUAAUUAUUUAGACUUCAUUAUUACCGAGUCGCCAGAAAUAUAAAAAUAUUAUAAAAGGCAAUGUGUUGCCCAGUGUUGUGGCUAUGUUGUCUGCAGUCGUAGUGUUGACUACAAUUGACUUUUGAUCAGUUUGUGGUGAUGAUCGACUGCAGAUGAUUCGUUUGGUGAUGGAACGCGAGAGGUUUCGGCACGAGGGAGUAUGCAGCUGACGAUUACUAAUUAGAAUUACUUUAACAUUUGAACACACGUUUAUUUCACAAGUCAGCUGUGUAGGAAGUUGUUUUCUUAAAUGAACUUUAAUACUGACAUCUCACCACAGUAUUGAAUAUUCAUUUCUGCGUAAAACACGUUGUCUGAUGUACGAUUUGGAGAAAAGAAAUAAAUGUUUUUUAUUGCCA